AAAAAAGAAAGAAAGAAAAAAAACCAAAGCACCCUAAUCCUGGCCAAGGCAGCAAAGCCCUGCGGGGCGUCAGCAGCCGGGGCAAGGUGCGCUUGGGGCGGACCUUGGCCAGGAGCACCCAGCGGGUGCUGCCGGGGCUCGGCACCCCCCCGUGACCAUGCCGGUGCUGGGGGUCGUCACGGCGGCAGCGGCCGGGCUGGUGGUGCUGCUGCUGCUGGCGGUGCCGACGGCGGUCGCUCGCCUGUUCCCUUUCUUCUGGGUCGACUUGGCGGCCUUCGGCGCCUUGGCGAGGUCGUCGGUGCGCUGCCGGCGGCGGUUGAACCGCCAGCCCGCCGUCACCCUCCUCGACGUCUUCCAGGGCCACGCUCGCCGCCGGCCCCGCUGGCCCCUGCUCCGCUUCCAGGAUGAGGUUUACACCUACGAGGACAUGGACCGCCGGAGCAACCGGGCCGCCCGCGUGUUCUCCCGGCGCCUGGGGCUGCAGCCGGGCCGCACCGUCGCCGUCUUCCUCCCCAACGACCCCAGCUACGUCUGGACCUGGCUGGCGCUGGCCAAGCUGGGAUGUCCCAUGGCUUGUCUCAACUGCAACGUGCGGGGCCGGGCGCUGCAGCACGCUCUCGCCGCCGCCGGGGCCUCCCUCCUCCUCGCCAGCCCCGAGCUCCAGGCCGCCGUGGAGGAGGUGCUGCCGGCCCUGCAGCGCGACGGCACCCGCGUGUUCUACCUGAGCUCCGGGUCCCCGACGCCGGGCAUCGAGGCCCUGCUGCCCGCCAUCGAGGUGGCCCCCGAUGAGCCCCCGCCCGCCCGCCACCGCGCCGGCGUCACCGCCAAGUCCAAGGCCAUGUACAUCUACACCUCCGGCACCACCGGGCUGCCCAAGGCAGCGGUGGUCACAGAGAUGAAGCUGAUGAUGGUGGCCAACCUGGCCCGGCUCUGCGGUCUGCGGCCUGACGAUGUCAUCUACACGACGCUGCCGCUCUACCACUCAGCCGGGCUGCUCGUCGGGGUGGGAGGGUGCUUCGAGGUCGGAGCCACCUGCGUCCUACGGGCCAAGUUCUCUGCCUCCCAAUUCUGGGACGACUGCCGCCGCUACAACGUCUCCGUCAUCCAGUACGUGGGUGAGCUCAUGCGCUACCUCUGCAACACACCCAAGCGUGCCGACGACCGGGAGCAUGGGGUGCGCUUGGCGUUGGGCAAUGGCCUGCGGGAAAAGGUGUGGAGGGAGUUUCUUCAGCGCUUUGGGCCUGUCUCCAUCUGGGAGUUUUAUGGGGCAACCGAGGGCAACGCCGGCUUCAUCAACUACACCGGGAAGAUCGGGGCCGUGGGCAGAGCCAACAUGUUCCUCAAGAGGUUUGCUCCCUUUGAGCUGAUCAAGUAUAACGUGGAGGAGGAUGAACCUGUACGUGACGAGCGAGGUCUCUGCAUACGAGUCCGCCCCGGUGAGACGGGGCUGCUGGUCAUCAAAAUCACCCAGAACACCCCUUUCGACGGCUACGCGGGCGAUUCCCAGAAGACAGAGAAGAAGGUCUUGAGGGAUGUCCUGGUCAAAGGCGACACCUUCUUCAACAGCGGUGACCUCCUCAUGAUCGACCACGAAAGAUUCGUCUACUUCCAGGACCGCGUGGGAGACACUUUCCGUUGGAAAGGCGAGAAUGUGGCCACGACGGAGGUGGAAGCCACUCUUGCCACGGUUAACUUCAUCCAGGAGGUCAAUGUCUACGGAGUGGCCGUGCCAGGGUGCGAGGGGCGGUGCGGCAUGGCAGCCAUCCGCCUGAAGCCCGGGGCGAGCUUCGAGGGCGAGAGCCUCUACGCCUUCACCGGGGACACGCUGCCCAGCUACGCCGCCCCCCGCUUCGUGCGCAUCCAGGACGCUCUGGAGAUCACGGGGACCUUCAAGCAGUGCAAAGGCAACCUCGUCAAAGAAGGCUUUGACCCCAACAUCAUCAAAGACCCCCUCUUCCUACGGGACGACAAGAAGAAAUCGUACGUGCCCCUGAACCCCGACACCUACGCUGCCAUCCUGGACAUGAAGCUCAACCUGUAGAAGGAGCUGCACCACGCCGGGGUCUCCCUGACGGCCUGGGGCUGUAAUUGCCUAGGGGCAACUAGCAAGGCCAAUUCGGGGCCCGUCAGGCAUUUUUUUGCUUCCUUCAGGGAGUUCCUCGUGGUGUUGGAGCACGAUGAGGGUGACGGGCUGGUCUGAGUGCUCGCUAUCCCAUCCCGACACCCCCGUGCCAUGCCGGCUGUGGAAAUUAAAGGCUUAAUUCCAAUUA